GUUGAGUUGACUCAUUCGCUCGUCGAACGUCAUGGCGACCGCAUGUUGCUUACGGACUAGUGGUGUUUUCUUGUUGUUAUUUUUAUUAAAAAGCUCAUGCGGCUCGCCCCCAUGGAUAUUAUCUGUGCGUGUGUCUGAAACAGCGUGUAAAGACAAUAAUUGUGCGUUAAAGUUCGAUGUGAACGGAGAAUUUGACCAGUGGUCGUUAACCCAUAUACCGGCUGUCCGCGGCAGUCUGUGCUCACAGUUUGUGCCUGUUAUAGAGAAUAAAAUUGAACUUAUUUCGAAGGAAAAAUUGUUCUUUUGUGCGAAGAAUGCUAACGGGUGGUUCCAUCAAGGGGAGAGGUUAUAUUUGGAGCCAGAUGACGUCACCGGUUGGACUGUACGAACUCCAGAGGAUGAGGAGAGCGAACAAAAUGCUCCACUAUACAGUAAACAGAUGAUAAAAUCUCCAGAAACUACUGGAAACAGCAUCGAAAGUCUAGAAGAUGACGAUAACCUAACAUUCUUCGGCGACGACCUGACUGUCAACUACAAUGGCGGCCAGAAACAAGAUGGCGGCGACAUAGAGACGUUCUCGCCCGCUACCGCUAAGAUAGAAAAAUACCAGCUCCAAGAACAGGAUACUAGUUACAAAAUAACAGGUCUUAACGACGAAUUUAAAUUCAAUAUUGAUAACGAUUUGGAUUUCAAAUCUAGAAGCAAAAGACAAGCGGACGAAACGCCUGGUGAGACCACCGAUACUGCGCCGAUAGAUGGCGCUGUAAGUGAUACAAGCGCGCCGAGAGAGGGCGCUGUAAGUAAUACUAGUGUGCCGACAGUGGCAACGAAGCCAAUCGUUUACAGUAGGAUUAGAUUAAUGGGUUUAAGAGUGGAAGAAGCAGAUAAGGAGCCUAAAAUCGUAGACGGUGCUAUACCAAGUGUACUUAGAGAGACUAACUUCAUAAUGAGGUUGUUCGGUGAAGGGUUCACGAAUGAUACGGUGAUCGCCUUCACGCAUUUCAGUCAGCCGUAUGGACACGCCUGCACGCAUUUGUUGGAAGACGAAUAUCAUGUGAAAUACGCCGAAGAAAACUCCGCCCUCCUAGACAUGAAGGCUCCACCACCAAUAAAAGACUACAAAUUCUACAUCUGCGUCAAAAACUCAUCAUCAGACGUUGAAUUCAUUCAUCAGGGAUCCGAAGAAUGGAAGAUACUGGCCACACAUAACAAACUCCUUCCUUUAUGGGUGUCCAUUAUCCUGAUCAUCAUUCUCCUUGUCCUGGCUUCUUUGUUCUCUGGUCUUAACCUGGGUCUGAUGGCUCUGGACAGGACAGAGUUGAAGAUUAUCGCCAAUACUGGCACGGAGAAGGAACGGAAAUACGCUAGAGCUAUCAUGCCGGUCAGGUCCCACGGCAAUUACCUUCUCUGCACAAUCCUGCUGAGUAACGUGGCUGUGAACAGCACGUUCACCGUCAUCCUGGACGACCUCACGUCCGGGCUGGUGGCCGUCAUCGGGUCCACGUUGGCCAUCGUCUUCAUCGCCGAGAUCACGCCGCAGGCUAUCUGCGCGCGACACGGCUUGCUGAUCGGCGCGAAGAGUAUUUGGAUUAUGAAGAUCGUGAUGGGUAUCUGCGCCCCGCUGGCGUGGCCGACGAGCAAGCUGUUGGAUUACUUCCUCGGGGAGGAGAUCGGCACACAUUACAACAGGGAGAGGCUAAAGGAACUUGUCAAGGUAACCAACCACGUGAACGACCUGGACAAAGAAGAAGUGAACAUAAUCUCCGGAGCCCUGGACCUGCGCAAGAAGAGCGUCAAGGAGGUGAUGACCAAGCUGAAGGACUGCUUCAUGCUGCCCAUCGACAGCGUGCUCGACUUCGAGACCAUGACUGAGAUUGUUAAGUCUGGCUACUCCCGCAUCCCGGUGUACGAGGGCCACCGCGGCAACAUCAUCACGGUGCUGUUCAUCAAGGACCUCGCGUUCGUCGACCCCGACGACAACACCCCGCUGCGCACGCUCUGCCAGUACUACCAGAACCCGUGCAACUUCGUCUUUGAGGACGUCACGCUUGACGUCAUGUUGAAGCAGUUUAAAGAAGGUCAUAAAGGCCACAUGGCGUUUGUCCAGCGCAUAGACAGAGAGGGGGAUGGCGACCCGGUCUACGAGACCGUGGGGCUGGUAACCCUGGAAGACGUCAUUGAGGAGAUGAUCCAGGCGGAGAUCGUCGAUGAGACUGACGUCAUCAGCGACAACCGUACCAAGAAGCGCCUCCCGCGGCCCAUCAACAAGUUCCAGGACCUGGCGUCGUUCGCCGGCCACCAGCACCAGCGCGUGCACGUCUCUCCGCAGCUGGUGCUCGCCACCUUCCAGUUCCUAAGCGCCAGCGUUGACGCAUUCCGUCCGGAGGUGAUCUCGGAGACGGUGCUGCGCCGGCUGCUGAAGCAGGACGUGAUCCAGCACAUCAAGCUGCGCGGUGACGAGGCGAAGGACGACCCCAAGCGAUACGUCUUCCAAGAGGGCAAGCCGGUGGAUUACUUCGUGCUGAUCCUGGAGGGUCGCGUGGAGGUGACGGUGGGCAGGGAGAACCUGGUGUUCGAGGCCGGGCCCUUCACAUAUUUCGGUGUGCAGGCGCUGACGCAGAACGUGGGGCUUGCGGAGUCUCCAGCACCGUCAACCCUGGGGUCCCUGCAGAACCUUAACAUGGACUCGAUGCUUCGCCACACGUUCGUCCCUGACUACUCCGUUCGGGCUAUCGCUGAACUAUACUACCUCACUAUUAAGAGAUCCAUGUACUUAGCUGCCAAGCGCGCCACUCUGAUGGAGAAGGGUGCCCUCAACAAAGGAGGCACCAACGAACAAAUUGAACCGGAAGUCGACAAGCUACUUCGCGAAGGUGACUACAGAGUAGACAACAUCAAGGAAGAAGCGCCUCCCAAACCGUUCUUGCCGUCUUCUGCCAGCCCCCUCACCAAUUCAACGUUCAAGAGCGAUAAAGAUGAACACCCAAACCCAGAAGAGGAGAGACUACUGAAAAAGUAGAAAUUUAGUCGAAUGGCAACACUAGCCCCAAAAAACUACCAUUGGCAAAAAAAAACUACCAUUGUCAAUUUUAAUGAUUAAAAUUAUUUCUAACAUACAUACAUAACAUAAUAAUAUGCUCAUGACUAUAUCCUAAUAGGCUACUUGACAACCAAGUCAAUUGAGAUACUUUUUACGAAACGUCAAAACGAAAGUUUUCUUUGGAUACAUACAUACAUACAUAAACUCACGCCCGUAAUCCCUAAUGGGGUGGGCAGAUCCACAAGUAAUCAAAGACAACUUGCAGCCACUGUUGAUACGAAGUCCAAAGAUGGAUAUGAUGACCCUUAUGGUGAUAAGGGAUCAGCCUAUCGCCCAUAACAUUAGUCCAUCAUGUUAGAGGACACAAUCCCUCUGUCGGUUUUUACGACAUGCCCGGGAAGAGAAGCAGCUGAACGUGUUCUAUGUUUUUAUAUGCUCCCAGAACAGCAUAGAAGCAUAGAGUUUCUUUGGAUUAUGUAUGGCAAUACUGUCCUGUGACGUCACCAAUAAAAGCGGUCCAACGUCGUACUCAUUGUUACUUAAUUCAUAAAUGAAAUUAGAAAAUAACUCGAAAAGUAAAAUGUGAUUGAUUUCUGGUCAGCUUAGACUGGUUUCUAUUUCUAGAUUGGCAUUUUAUAAUUUAUCUUUAACCCAGUCAAAUACCCUAUUGGUGUAGUCAGAGGUAAAUCCAUCGCAAGAUGAUGCUUCCUGUGACAUCUUAUGCGAAUUUUUUAAUCGAAAAUUAUGUAAUAUUUACAUAAAAAUACAAAAGAGAUAUUUUUAUAAUAUAACAUAAACAGCCUAUAUACGUCCCACUGCUGGGCACAGGCCUCCCCUCAAUCAACCGGAGGGGGUAUGGAGCAUACUCCACCACACUGCUCCACUGCGGGUUGGUGAAGCUGUUUUACGGCUAAUAGCCGGGUUCAACGGCUUAACGUGCCCUCCGAAGCACGGAAUCAUCUUACUUUUUCGGACAAUCAGGUGAUUCAAGCCUGCAGUGUCGUUACCAAACAAAGGACAGUCUCACAAUGUCAUUUUGACAAUUUCUCCAUCGGGAAACGGAUCUGGACCUCCCGAUCGUGAGCCCAACGCUCUAACCACUAGACCACAGAGGCUGUCAAACACAUAACCAUUUUAACCAUCCUCUUUGUUAUGGCGUAGUCGGGUAAAAUACCUAGUUUCAACCUUUUGUCUUUGAAUUUAAAUAUUAAUUUAUUUUCGAUGUAUGUGGUAUCCAUCUUUGGACUUCGUAUCAACAGUGGCUGCAAGUUGUCUGUGUUUGCUUGUGGCUCUGCCCACCCCAUUAGGGAUUACGGGCGUGAGUUUAUGUAUGUGUAUGUGUAUGUGGUAAAUAUUGCUUUUUGAGCGUUGCAUGAAAGGAAAUGCAUUUUGGGGCUAUAUUUAAGAAGCAUGUUAUUCGGUUUGUUUAUUAUUACGUAAGAAUAGUAUAUUUUAAACGAGAAAUAGUUUUUAGUAUAUAUUGGUGCUGAUUCCGGUACACAUCUAAUUUUAUUUUUAAUCUAUACCUGUCAUUUUCCAAUCCGCAGAAAAGGAAAGGGACGGGUAAUCGACAGGCACAACAUUUAUGAAACACACGCCAAUUUUAGGUAGAAAUUUAAACAACCCUGCCAAAAUUGUGCACACGCCAACAACAACGAAAUUAAGUUGACAACACACGCCAAACGGGUUGCGUAUAACCAAGAUGCCUAUGUGAUUCGCCCGGGUUAUUAAUUCAUUUUAAAAUUAACGGCUGAAAAUCAUCCGUCUCUUUCCUUUUCGACAGAAAAGAAAACGUCAGGUAUAACUUAAAGUAAAAUUAGAUGUCUACAGGAAUCAAGGCCAUUAUCGCAUUUGUUGCAAGUUUUAACAUUUACAAUUUAGAUUUUAGCGUAGAAUUAUAAAACGGAUAAGUUGAAAUGGUACUUAUUUUGAAUUGUAUUAUGGCAACACAUAUAUUUCCCGCCAUUUUUUGACAGUUAUUUUUUAAAUCUACAUAAAUCAAAGUAAUCACAACAUUUUAAUCAUUUUUAAUUACGUUUUUGUUAAUUUUGAAUAAAUCAGAUUAUUAAUUAUAAUUUAUUUUCGAGAAAAAUGCAAUACACCGUAACUUUUGUUGACUUACUUUUUAUUGUUUGUUAUUUGAAUUGUACUUUUUAUUUUUUAUAAAUUAUGUAUUUAAUUGAGUUGUAUGUUACUUACUACCUGUAUUUUAAGAUGUUCACUCGCAACGGCAUCAGAUGAAGUUUGGAGUUAGUAUCUUAGACUACGGAUGAUAGAUUUUAACCCUCAAGAGACUUAAUAAAACAUCAGAUUUUACAAAAAAUAUCUUCCUAAAAUCGUGCCUUAUACUACGGAAUCAAUUUUCUAGGUGCUUCUAUAACUAAAUGGUGCAGUAGUAACUAUAUUAGCCAUUUAUUAAGGUUAUAAUAGCACUUAAUAUACCUUGAUGUGACUAUAGUGCAAAAGUAAAUAUAUAAUAUAAUAAACAUACAUACAUAAACUCACGCCUAUUUCCCACCGGAGUAAGCAGAGACUAAGGAAUUAUGAACCCCGAUACCGACCCCGCCGGCGUGGUCGACAAUUACUAUCAUUCAGCGCUUACCGCUAUCGAUCCACUAGGGUCGAUUAAAUCUUUCAAAUAUUAUCCUCUCAGACGACGCCCUGAGCCAAGGUUCGCGCCCAACUGGGCAUCCUCAGGCCUGUUGUCUUAAAAGUUAUACCCGGUGAGAGCACUCAGCGCUCCCCAUUUGUCCGGCCAAGUAGUUAACGCCAUUUGCGUCAAAUCUACAAUAAGUCACGUCAAAAAAAAACAGGAUUUCCAUUUGCUUCGUUCCUGACACACUUCUCUUGCUUCCUCCACAUUCAUCAAUCGUUUCAUACACGCACGCCGGUUCAGAGUAGAUCGUACUGAACCUUUUCUAAGGACAUCUCCAAUUUGGUCAAUGUAUGUCCUUCUAGGUCUUCUUCUGUCAGCCGAACCAACAACUAAAAAAAAAAUUGUUUCAUAUAUUGACCUACCCGGUAAUCAAACCUGGAACUUUCAGUUUAAUAGUCGUGGUGUCUAGCCAUAUAACCUACUCAUAAUACCUUUUUAAAUGGUUAAUAUUUUACUAAUAUUGUUUCAAACGUGAACAAAACAUAGAAUAUACUUAAUGCGUGUUAUAUACAAAAUGCAAAUUAUAAAAGGUUUUAUAUAUGAAUAUAAGUCAAUUUAGAAUUUAUAGUGAAUGCACAAAUGAAGUAGAUUUAAUAAUACAAUCAGGGACUUUUCAGGCUACAUUACACAAAAACAAUAUAGAUGGCGUUGUACAGAUGGAAGGGGCAAGUCACAGGGACUGUAACCUGGAACCUGACAGAGGGCAGCAAUAAAUGUCAGUACUAUUCAGACGCGGAGGACAGGAGUCCUAGUAUGGCUUUGUAAUAGACUACUCUGGGCGCCAUCCCACUUGCGUCAGACAGAGUACUGCGGGGCGGAAGGCAAGAGAGAAACCACUGCCCUAUUUUUCACUAAAAAAGUAGCAUGGAUAAUGUUGCACCGACAAGAGCGUGGCUCUUAAGUUGGUGGUGGUACAGAUUUUACGUGAUAAUUACCUAUUUUCUCAUUGCUCGGGUAAAUAAAUAUAAUGUAAAAAUAAAUGUUGCUUGAUAUUUAUUGCUACCUAAAUUGCUUCUCAUUAUUUUAAUCAGGACAAUGUCUGUUAUCCAUAAAAAGAGAAAGUUGAUCGAAGGCAUCUCUUUACAGUCAUGAGCAAUAUAAUGUACCCAUAUUAGGACUCUGUCGCACCAACAUAUUUGACAUUUAGUGAGACUUACAGUUCAAUUUGUCAAAAAAGUUAAUGUGACAUGGUACCAAAGUGUAUACAUAUUAAUGCUCGUGACCGUACAACGCCAUCUAUAUAAUUUUGGGGAAAGUAACCUGGAAGUCCUAAAUUAAAUACACAUUUUUUUUUAAAUAUAAUAGCGUCCUGUAUACAGUGAUAAAGUAGUACUUAUAAUAUUGAGUAUAUAUAUUUUACAAAAUGUAAUAUAUUAAAAUGUAUAUAAUUAUACAGGUGUUAGUGACGUCGUAAUCAAAGCUUUGAGGGGUGAUUCAGGCCAUGAUUCUGAGUAGUUAUCAAGUGGAAUUUUCCGUCGCAAAAAUAUGGAACUGAUAAUAAUUUAAACAAAUACUAAUAUUGUCAUGUAGCGGACCCAACUAGUUGGACACCUAGUUCCGCUCACAUACAACAGAUGGCGCCACAUUCAAUAAUGCAGUCUUCAAGCAGUCGUGAAACGCGAUAUCGAAGUUUACACAGCAAGACACAUAUAUACAACUUCCAACAUAACACUGUUGGAUCGUCGAUCCCUAGUCACACUACUAACUUGUGGUUAGCGGGGUACUAUGCUCAGUUCGGUACCUCGAAAACAUCCUUUGGUGGCAGCACACCCUCGCCGCUAAAGUCAUAAAUUUUCCGGCAGGAAAUUCCUCUUGAUAUCAACUCAGAAUCAUGGUCUGAAUCAUCCCCCUCAGUAAUCGUUACGAUGUCACUAACACCUGUAUAUGAAUCAAUAUAAUAAUCAGAUUUGGUCCUUUUAUUUUACAUUUGAACCGGCUUUAAUGUUAAGGUGCGCAGGCGUUUACCAGGUAAGUGUGUACCACCUUAGACCACGUCUUCACUUACCAUCUGGUGAGAUUGUGGUGAAUCGCUAAACUAUACUGUAUAAAAAAUAGCAAAAAAAUAUGAAAAAAAUAGGUAUUAUUUUUUUAAACAUCAAUAUUAAAUGCUACAUUUUACUAUUUUUUUUUAAUAAUUUAGGCUCGCCUUUGACUACAAUUUGACCUGAUGGUAAGUGACAAUGUAAAAAAAAAUAUUAUAAAAAAACAAUGCAAAUAUUUUGUAGAAAUGUUAUCUAAUAGCACACUUAUUGACAUGUUGUUAAAUGUUUAAUAAGAAAGUACGUACAUAUCUUUAUACUGUGCCUCUUAUGGGGUAGACAGGGCAGCGACUUUACAAGGGUUUGGCGACCAGUCAUGAUGGUUGACAACCCUAAAAACAGCCGUCAUUUACUUGUGGUUAGCGAAAGAUAGAGACAGCUAGUUUUAAAACUGUGAAAUUAUUUUUAAAUAAAAUUCAUUCUGCCAUAGGUGCCGAUCUUUUUCUAAUCAUGGUAUAAGAAAAACAGUUUGCUUAGCACCGUCAGCGCGUGACUCUUUCUCGCCUGGACACACGUCACCCGUCACUCUCUCACAGUACUGCACAGAAAGAGACAGACGAUCUUUGUCGCGGCGAGAAAGAGUCGCGCUCAAAAGCGACAGCUAACAUUUCAAGGUUAGCCCAACUAACGCUAAGACCAAGUAAAGAAGGUCUUUGCAACUAAUGUAAUCCCACCCAGCGUUGCCAUUUCGUAAAAAAUAAAUGUUUUUAAUUUACAAGGAAAUUUUGAACUUUUAUUAAAAGAUUUACUUACAGUAUUAAUGAUUUUUAUAUAUGUGACAAGUAAUAGUAAUUAAAUACAUAGUCAGAAUUCACUUAUUUUCAAAAAUAAAAUUUACGUCCUUGAAAUGUUGGAGAUACCAAUUUAAUGGUAACACUUACAGUCAUCAAAGGGCUAGCAAUAUGAAACAAAGACUGGGCCCAAAGGACUUGAUUCCAGGCCAUAACCCUUUAAAAAAAAAAAGGCUAGCAAUGGCGGCUUGUCAUAGGAUUGAGCAUACCUGGUUUUCUUAUACUGUGUUUUGACUGUGUUUCCAAAGACCGUUUCUAAUAACUGUUUUGUCAGACAAAAAAAAUAUUUUAGUUGAUUGUUUGUCUCGCUUCCACCCACAAGGGAAGAUGGUACACGAUUACUAUAUAUUUUUUAUCCUUUAUUAAAGCUACUUUGAUGAAGAAUAGUUUUAAAAAUAAUGUUUAAGAAUCCUGAAUUCCCGAUGUAACUUUUGAAUGUUUUUUGUACCUAUUUUAUUUAUAUUUUUUAAGUAUAAACUGCUUAUCCUUACAAGUUUUGACGCUAUACAACUAUGUAACAGAAAAUCUAAGUUGAUUUUGUUUAAAGAAAUGAAUGAUUAUUGGGUUUUCAA